GAUCUCUUCGGAACACAUCUUAUCCAGGGGAACCUGUGGGAAGCCAAGAAAUAAAGCUGGGGGCGAAAUCUUCAGAUGAUAGCAUGGAUCUUGGAUCCUCUGACCUGCUGGACGUGUUGCUGGAGCCCCCAGAAGAUAUCUUCUCCACAGGAUCCUUCCUGGAGCUGGGACUCAACUGUUCCCCUCCGGAAGUUCCCAUGACUAAGCUACAAGCACAAGGACCGCAAGGCUGGGAGUCUAGUGGAGGCCAUGUCUGUGGCCUUCAAGAGAAUGAGUCUGAAGAUUUUCUGAAGCUUUUAAUUGAUCCCAACGAGGUGUACUGCUCAGAGGCAUCUCCUGGCAGCGACAGUGGCAUCUCUGAGGACCCUGGCCUUCCAGACAGCUCCCCUGCCCCCCCAGAGCCCAGUUCCCCUGCUCUCUAUGAGGUUGUCUAUGAGGGAGAAGCCCAGCAGAGGAUGCAGGGAGAAGUUGGGCCAACCUUUGGACUCAUCUCCAUCCAGCUAGGUCAGUGGGGCUCACCGUUUAUGAUGCCCGAUGCCUGCAUGGUCAGCAAGCUGCCCUUAGAUGCCCAUGCCCACAUCCUGCCCAGAGCCAGCAGUGCAGCCUCAGCACCUCCUGCAACCCUGCUGCCCUGCCAAACUCUGUUCCUGACAGAGGAGGAAAAGCGUCUACUGGGUCAAGAAGGGCUUUCUCUGCCCUCUCAUCUGCCCCUUACCAAGGCCGAGGAGAGGGUCCUCAAGAAGGUGAGGAGGAAAAUCCGCAACAAGCAGUCAGCUCAGGACAGUAGACGGCGCAAAAAAGAAUACAUUGAUGGGCUGGAGAGCAGAGUGGCAGCCUGUUCUGCACAAAAUCAAGAACUACAGAAAAAAGUCCAGGAGCUGGAGAGGCAUAACAUCUCGCUGGUGGCUCAGCUCCGCCAGCUACAGGCGCUCAUUGCUCAAACCUCCAACAAAGCUGCUCAGACCAGCACUUGUGUUCUGAUUCUUCUUUUUUCCUUGGCUCUCAUCAUCCUGCCCAGCUUCAGCCCCUUUCAAGGUCUACCCGAAGGUGGGCCUGAGGAGUACCAGCCUCAUGGAGUGAUUUCCAGAAAUAUCUUGACUCAUAAGGACAUAACAGAAAGUCUGGAGACUCCAGUGGUAGAGCCCAAGCAGGGGGAGCCACUGGGAGCUCAGAGCAGAAACAGCUCAACAAUGACACUGCUUGAGAAGAUGGGAGUGAAGCAUGGAUCCAGGGGGCAUGUUAGAACUGUGCUGCACACAGAUGAGAUGUGAGAUGAGAUGUGAGCUGGGACAGAGUCCCUCCUGGUCCCCUUCCCAAUCACAGUAAGGAAUCCAGGGCACCCCAUGUCUCUGCUCAAAUCUG